AUGAAGGAAGACUCUCCUGUCCCUCCUGAUAUAGAUGGCCAACCGUCUAUCUCUGCAACUACCAACACCGGAAUUCCCGGCCUCUCGUCGUCCACUCGACCCUCCGGCCGCAUCCAACCGUCGCCCGGUUCACUAGGCACCAACGCGUCGGCCCCCAUCAUCACCAGCACCAGCACCAGCACCAACAGCAACAUCACUUCUACUCGACAGGACAGCAAUGGCCUUGAACGUGCCUCGACCAGCCCUACUGCGGGCCCCCAUGCCCCUCGCAUCGACAGUGGCGGCUUCUUGCGCUUCCCUCGCGGCCUCGACGGCCACUCCGUCAGCGCCCUGUCCAGCAACCUCUCCUCGGUCACAUCACCGCAAGACGAGGGGCAAGGGUCUGUCAUAGACACCAAGGAGCAACAACUCGACACUUUCAACCGUCAAAACACUGACGAAACCACCAAUGGCAGCCAUGUCAGCGACAACGUCAACACUCCCUCCAAGCGCACCUUCAUUCAGGAGGCUCGUAGAACCUUUUGGCUCGUCGCCACCCACAGCUGGAUGAACCUGCUGCUCAUUUUUGUCCCCGUCGGCAUCGUUGUGGCCAACAUUAAAGGCAUCAACGGCGGAAUUGUCUUCGCCAUGAACUGCAUUGCCGUCGUGCCCCUCGCCGGUCUCUUGAGCCACGCUACCGAGUCUGUCGCCAGCAAUAUGGGAGACGCACUUGGCGCGCUCCUCAACAUUACCUUUGGCAAUGCUGUUGAGCUCAUCAUCUUCAUCAUCGCCCUCUCCAAGAAUGAGAUUCGUAUUGUCCAGGCCUCCCUUCUCGGGUCUAUCCUUGCCAAUCUGCUUCUCAUUCUCGGCAUGGGCUUCUUCCUCGGCGGCUUGCGCUUCCGAGAGCAAGUCUACAACAGCACUGUCACUCAGAUGAGUGCCUGUCUUCUCAGCCUGAGUGUCAUCAGCUUGGUUCUCCCCACCGCCUUCCAUGCCUCCUUCAAGGACGAUAACCUUGCCAACGAGCGCUCGCUCAAGAUUAGUCGCGGCACCAGUGUCAUCCUGCUCCUCGUCUACAUGCUCUACCUUCUCUUCCAGCUCAAGUCCCAUGCCUAUAUGUACGAGUCAACUCCGCAGCAUAUUGUUGAUGCCGAGGCCAUACCCGGUCCUGCCGCCGGAUGGCUCAACUCAUCCAGCUCCGACGAUAGCUCCUCAUCUAGCUCCGACUCGGACGACUCGAGCCGCUCCAAAGAUACUGUCCGCAAGAGGAUGCGCAAGGUUCUACGCCCUCGUCGCCGCACCAAGUCUUCCACGGCUUCCCAGGACGGCUACGAUAAGGAUGGCCGUUCUUCAUCUAUCGGAACCAACAACACUAGCCCCCGAGAUGAAACGGGGAACUCUUCAACAUCACUUGCCAAGCCUCCUUUCUUCCCCAGAAUGCCUUCGGUGGACAAUUCGGAAGAGGCCAUUGAGGAAGACGAGGCCCCUAGAAAGCAUGGAAAGGACCGCCGUCGUCGCAAGCAUCGUCACUCCAGCAAGACGCGCCACAAGUUCUCCCGCCGCCGCGAAAGUCUUCCUGGCGAUGGCCAGCCCGCGGAUAACGGCACCGGCUCGGUUCAGAAUGACAAUAACGAGCCCAAGCGUGUCGACUUUGCACUGCCCAAGGACACUAUGCCUACUGCCAGCGAAGAUCAAACCCCACCUCUCACAGGUGAUGCCACUGCGCAGGACCAGACAUCAACGAGGCGUCCUGCCUUUCAAGCUCUCCGAACUAUUUCUGUCCGCAACCUCGCGCCCACUGUCUUUGUGCAGAAGCCUGAUCCUGCGGAUCUGUUCCCUGCCCCGCCCCCCGGUCCGGUUCCUCGUGUUCGUUAUGGCAUCCGUCGCACAAACUCGCUCCCCGAUAGGCUGUCUCAGUCUCAACAGUUUGUUCGCGCUCCCGGUGGCUUCUUCCCCGCGCAGGUCCCCUUGACGACUUUCCGCACUGGCAUGGUUCCUUCGGCCGCUGACCCCGAGGUUGACGAUGACGGCCACCUCACCAAGUGGGCGGCCAUCAUUCUGCUCUUGAUUACUACUGGUUUGGUUGCUGUCUGUGCCGAAUUCCUGGUGGGCUCUAUCAAGGACGUGACAAGCGAGUCGUCUAGUGUGGGCGAAAUCUUUAUCGGUCUCAUCAUCUUGCCUAUUGUUGGCAACGCGGCCGAGCACGUCACCGCCAUUACAGUCGCGAUGAAGAACAAGAUGGACCUGGCUAUCGGCGUUGCUGUCGGUAGUUCUAUCCAGAUUGCCCUGUUUGUGACGCCUCUGAUUGUCAUUCUGGGCUGGAUCAUGAACCGUGAGAUGACGCUCUACUUUACACUUUUUGAGACGGUCUGCCUCUUUGUUUCGACGUUCAUCGUCAACUUUCUUGUCUUGGAUGGUCGCAGUAAUUACCUGGAAGGAGCGCUGCUGUGUGCCGUCUAUGUGAUUAUCGCCGUCGUGGCGUUCUUCUAUCCCAGCCCUGCGGAAGCGAGCAGCUGGGGUAGUUAA